CACACACCGUGUGCAAGAGCAGCAGAGUGGAGCGUAGCUAAGCUCAGAGAAUGGGCAGUUCUCUGAAUCAGAGAGAUACAUACUCUCCUAUCACCAAGACUAACAGAGGAGAGAGGGAGUGAGAGAAGGAGGGAAGACAGGACUGGGACUACUCAUACCCACUCUCUCACACAAACACACUCUAGCUCGCGAGAGCUGCUUCUCGGCUGGAUGCGAAUAGACGUUCUCUCUCUACACACACUCACACACUAACACACACACACACUGAGGGUCGUGCCAUGGUGGUGCAGGGGGCUGUAACCCCGGGUAGGACCCGCAGACUCAUGCUCAAACUACCGGUGGGAACAUUACGACGGAACAGUGGAGAGAGGAUGACAGAGGGGCGGCGAUGUCAGGUCCAUCUCCUGGACGACAGGAAGCUGGAGCUCCUCGUACAGCCCAAACUGAUGGCCAAGGACCUUUUGGAUUUGGUGGCCUCCCACUUCAACCUGAAGGAGAAGGAAUACUUUGGCAUCUCCUACACCGAUGAAACGGGUCAUUUCAGCUGGCUGCAGUUGGACCGAAGGGUUCUAGAACACGAGUUCCCCAAGAAGUCUGGACCCAUCGUACUGUACUUCUGUGUCAGGUUUUACAUAGAGAGUAUUUCCUACCUGAAGGACAAUGCUACUAUCGAACUCUUCUUCCUCAAUGCUAAGUCCUGCAUAUACAAGGAGCUCAUUGAGGUGGACAGUGAGGUGGUUUUUGAGCUUGCCUCCUAUAUCCUACAGGAGGCUAAAGGUGACUUCACCAGUAACGACGUGACGAGGUCAGACCUGAAGAAGCUUCCAGCUCUGCCGACUCAGGCCCUGAAGGAACACCCAUCUCUGGCAUACUGUGAGGACCGGGUGAUAGAACACUACAAGAAGCUGAACGGACAGUCCAGAGGGCAGGCCAUAGUCAAUUAUAUGAGCAUCGUUGAGUCUCUGCCUACGUAUGGAGUACAUUACUACACUGUUAAGGAUAAACAGGGCAUCCCGUGGUGGCUGGGCCUGAGUUAUAAAGGAAUCUUCCAGUAUGACUACCAGGACAAGGUCAAGCCCAGGAAGGUGUUCCAAUGGCGUCAGCUGGAGAACCUCUACUUCAGAGAGAAGAAGUUCUCAGUGGAAGUUCAUGACCCCAGGAGGGCGUCGGUGACCAGAAGGACAUUUGGCCACAGUGGUAUAGCUGUCCACACCUGGUACGCCUGCCCUGCUCUCAUUAAGUCUAUCUGGGCCAUGGCCAUCAGCCAACACCAGUUCUACCUGGACCGCAAGCAGAGCAAGUCUAAGAUCCAUGCGGCUCGUAGCCUCAGUGAGAUAGCCAUCGACCUGACGGAGACUGGCACUCUGAAGACAUCUAAACUGGCCAACAUGGGCAGCAAGGGCAAGAUCAUCAGCGGCAGCUCUGGCAGUCUGCUCUCCUCAGGUUCCCAGGAGUCGGACAGUUCUCAGACAGCUAAGAAAGACAUGCUGGCAGCACUGAGGGCCAGACAGGAGGCUCUGGAGGAGACACUCAGACAAAGACUAGAGGAACUCAAGGACAUCUGUAUCAGAGAGGCGGAGUUGACAGGGAAGCUUCCUAAGGAGUAUCCAUUAGAUCCAGGGGAGGAGCCUCCGACAGUCAGGAGGAAGAUUGGCCCCGCCUUCAAACUGGACGAACACAAGAUCAAGCCGAAAAGAGAGGAGGAAGAGCUAGAGCGUCUAGAGAGGGAGUUUGCCAUCCAAUCACAGAUCACGGAGGCUGCGAGGCGGUUGGCCGGCGAUCCGCACGUGAGCAGUAAGAAGCUGAGGAAACAGAGGAAGACGUCGUACCUGAACGCACUGAGGAAACUCCAGGAGAUAGAGAAUGCCAUCAACGAACACCGUGUCCGCUCUGGGAAGAAACCCACGCAACGCGCUUCGCUUAUCAUAGAGGAGGCCAACAUCGGCUCAGAGGACAGCUCUCUGUCUGACGCUCUGGUCCUAGACGACGAUGACCCCCAGGUGACAGGGACCCCCACCUUCUCUCCGGCAGCAUCUCCACAAAAGGGCCUCCCUCCCCGGCCUCCCUCCCACAGCCGGCCCCCUCCUCCCCAGUCCCUAGAAGGCCUUAGGCACCUGCACUACUCUCGCUCCGAAUACGACAAGUCCCCCAUCAAACCCAAGAUGUGGAGUGAGUCCUCGCUGGACGAACCCUACGAGAGGGUAAAAAAACGCUCCUCACACUCCAGUCACAGGCGGUUCCCCAGCUCUGGUACUUGUGGGGAGCCAGGAGGCAGUAACUCUCUGCAGAGUAGCCCCAUCAGGAGCCUUCCUCACUGGAGCGCCCAGUCCAGCAUGCCCUCUACCCCUGACCUGAGGACCAGGACCCCUCAAUAUGUACACUCCACCAGGUCUGUGGACAUCAGUCCCACCCGUCUGCACAGUCUGGUUCAGCACUUUAGGAACCGCAGCUCCAGCCUGGAAUCUCAGGGCAAGCUGCUGGCCUCCGACCCCGACACACACACUCACACAGACACCCUGGGAGCCCUGGGCAGCCCAGACUUCUUCCUGGCCCCAAGGACACGCAGCUCCAACGGCUCAGACCCGCUGGAUGACUGUUCGUCCUGUACCUCCCAGAGCAGCUCAGAACACUACUACCCUGGGGGAGCGCCAGGCUCCAACCCUAACUACUCCACCCUGGGAGAGGACUCCCCCUCCAAAGCCAGGCAGAGACAGAGGCAGAGGCACAGGUCUGCAGGUCACCUUGGUUCCUCUAACUCUGGCUCCAUGCCCAACCUUGCAGCCAAGAAUGGUUCAGGGUGCGGUGGUACGGGGGUGGCAGGGACUGGGUCAGGGCAGCAUGGGGUGUACCUCCACAGCCAGAGCCAGCCCUCGUCCCAGUACCGGAUUAAAGAGUACCCCCUGUACGUAGAGGGCAGCCCCAACCCGGUGGUGGUGCGCAGCCUGGAGAGUGACCAGGAGGGCCACUACAGCGUCAAGGCCCAGUUCAAAACCUCCAGCUCCUACACAGCCGGGGGGCUCUACAAGGAGACCUGGGGGGGCGAGGAGGGGGGAGAGGGGAGCAGCAGACUCACCCCGUCCCGCUCCCAGAUCGUACGGACUCCCUCACUGGGGCGAGAGGGGGGGAGGGGGAGGGCAGUGGUGUCGGACGAGCUGAGGUGUUGGUACCAGCGCUCAUCGGGCAGUCUAAAGGAGAGGAGUCACUGUGGCUCCAAUGCGUCAGACAGCGGCUCGUUGCAAGGCACUCUGGGACACGGACGAGGCAACAGGGUGAGGACGCUCGCCAAGGGAUCGCCAGCAGCGUCCCCUCACAGCCAGAGGAGUGUGACUCCCUCCAGUGAACAGGCUUCCACCCCCAUACCCCCCAGCAGCCCACAACACAUCCUCAACUGGCAGAGCGGGUCAUUCAAUGAUAGCUGUUUCCUCAGCAGUCCUCUGUGUUCAGAGCUGGCAGAUGUCCAGUGGUACGGACACGACAAGGCCAAACCUGGAACCCUGGUCUGACCUACUGACCACCACCCACUGAUCCUUACUGACUCAACCUCCAACAUCUCAACUGAUCCUUACAGCCCCCACCAACCUCUCCUCCAGUGCUGACUAGAUUGGCCUUAUCAUGGGCAGGAGACCCUCAUCCAUUCCUCCCUUCAUCCAUCUUUCCCUUUAUCAGUUUCUGUGUAUAUCGGGCUUGGCUGAACUAGGGGUUCUAGGACCAUCACGACUAUUGCUGUGGAACAGCCAACCAUAGCCUCCGAUCCUGAACUCUUAGCGUGAACUCUGACCUUUAAUCCCUGACCCUGAGUCUGCUCCAGUCUGAGCCCAAGGAUAACCAGGAAUGGGCAAGGGGGAGGAGGGGUAAACCCAGACUACACUCAGCCCACCAGGCCCUGUCUCAUAUCUACCCCUUACCCAAGUGUGCUGCCAGUGUGCUCCCAUGUGUUUUGGCUCAUGUUCUGAACCUUUUUGUGUGUACGCUUGAUCUGCUAGGUUCAUUCAUUUCAUGUUUCAUGUUUUAGUUUAUUUCUCUAUCGUUUUCUACAACAACAAAAUGCGGGAGAGACUCAAUUCACCCCUCUUUAUAAAAACCUUCAGAAUAUUUUUCACUCUUCAGAAAAACUGCAGAGUGGAUUAUUGGAGAAUUCUAGAUUAUCUGAAAGACUAGGCAAACAUACAAACAUUCCCAAAAAUCCUAAUCCCAAUCCCAACUCCUAUCCCACAACCAAAGAUCCAUCUGGCUGACCAAUGGCACCAGUCCCAUGGACACACUGGGAACACUGGUUUAUCAUACUGGGAGUUACACCCCACAUUACUAGGAGUCCUCAAAGGAACUGAAAGACUGAUCAAUUCUACUGGGAUCCUGCUCAGCACGUCUACUGGGAUGUCAGUAAUCUGAACUGGUAGUGUACAACAUACAGCCACACUGAUCAACUAGUUUCUUGUACUGGGAUGAUCCACACUUCUACUGAGCAGUGAGCUCCUGGACUGGGAUGUUUUGCCACUACUGUAUACUGGGGGACUGUGGUCAGCUGUACUGGGAGACUACGGACAGACUGGGGGCCCUGCUCAGCCAGAUCAGAGAUAGACGGGGACAGACUGGGGGCCCUGCUCAGCCAGAUCAGAGAUAGACGGGGACAGACUGGAGGCCCUGCUCAGCCAGAUCAGAGAUAGACGGGGACAGACUGGGGGCCCUGCUCAGCCAGAUCAGAUAGACGGGGACAGACUGGGGGCCCUGCUCAGCCAGAUCAGAGAUAGACGGGGACAGACUGGGGGCCCUGCACAGCCAGGUCAGAGAUAGACGGGGACAGACUGGGGGCCCUGCACAGCCAGAUCAGAGAUAGACGGGGACAGACUGGGGGCCCUGCACAGCCAGAUCAGAGAUAGACGGGGACAGACUGGGGGCCCUGCUCAGCCAGAUCAGAGAUAGACGGGGACAGACUGUGCCACAGGCCACAGACACUUAUUCAAGGUUUGGGUCCUGAAAUGCCAAGCCACAAUAUGCAAGGAAUCUCAUUGAAAGCCAAUGUCUUGAGUUUGUGAUGGUUGAAACUGUAGCUAUAUGUGUAGCAGUUUUCAGGUUAAGACCACAUAUAGUUUUGGGUGUUUAUUUCCAAUCAUAUCUGCAGGCUUUCAGUGGCCUAUUUCAUCUGGAUCAACCCCUUCGUUUCACUUCCUGGUAAGAAGUGAAAGCUGAUUGGAUGUUUAGGACUGUGUGUGUCUCCCACUCCUCUCUCUCUCUGGUGAUGGGCGUAUGCUGUGGAGCUGAUCGAUCACACAGCUGCAGCGAAGGGCACUCCCCUCCUUCAUAGUCGAGCUGCGCAUAUGAUAAAAUUGGUGAUAUGUUAAACACUUCUCGAGGCGUUGUGAUAUCUGACUCUGCGCAGUCCUCUGUUAAAAAUGGGAGGCAACCCAUAUUUAAGGACUGUCUCUGUGACAUCGAUCUGUCUGUCCAACUCCCCGAUUGGUCAUUGUCUCAGACACUAGGGUAGUAUAUUUGAGGGUAAACAUUUAGAUCAGGCAUGAGGCCUGUAAACUCCAGUGGGUACUCUUUUGUACAGGUCACUAUCUCAGGCUAUAUUCUCUCUGCCUAAAGUCUCUCCUAUCACCAGUCAGAACACACACAUCUUGUUUGUGGCACACACACUUUUCUCAUCAGUGCCAUCUAUAGUGGUGCUUAAAGUCUGUACUGUAACCCAGCACUGAAAACAGCCACUCACUAAAAUUACAAACCAUAUAACUACAAAUCCCACAGGGCCCGGUUCCUAGUCUAGCAGAGGAAGUGGCUGUGUUCGAGAGCAUCAAAACUAUGAUAUAUCAUGGGUACAUUGUGACUGACUGACUGAUCUACAAAUAAUAAUAAGUUAUUUAUGAUGAAAGGUAAUUUGUAGUCAGCAGUCACCUGCACUGUCGGCUGCAAUGUCGAACAAGCCCAGUGUCUGCUAUAUAGAGAACCUGCUUCCCAGAGCCAAAAGAACAUCAGGGGAGGUAUAUAUACCAAUCCGAGCUGGAUCUGCUAUGUGGGGUGUUGACUAUUGUAACUGUGUCAAGUAUUCAAUCUAAGUGUUGUUACCAGAGCACAACAUACACAGUUGCACACUAUGUAUGAAGACUAAAGGCCUACUAUAUAGAGAAGCAGUUUUCAUCUAGUUCUCAUCCUGGCUUUUUGAUACAUAAAAGGGGAUUAAGAACAUCUGCAUAACAACACAUUCACGAUGUAAAAUGUAAAUCCAGACUUUAUAUAAGAGUAACACACACAUAUCUAGAAUAUAAAUAAUGUCACCCCGGCACCAGAAGGGUGUUUAUAUCAUUGUGCUUUUAUUGUGCCCGUUCAAGAGAACUGGGAACUCAGAAAUCUCCGACGUCGGACUUCAGUGCGUUCAAGACAACUGGGAACUCGGAAAUCUCAGACGUUGGACUUCAGUGCGUUCAAGACAACUAGGAACUCGGGGAAAAAAACAAGCUCCAACUGGGAAAAUUUGUUUUGAACGGUCAUCCGGAAUUCCAAGUCGGAAACUCGGGGGUCAUCCUAAAGCUCCGACUUCUCCAACCUGAAGAUCACUGUCAUGAUUUGAUCUUGUUUUAUUAUGAGUUCCCAGUUGUCUUGAAAGCACCAUUACUGUGUAGGUAAUGUCAUCAAUGAACAUCAAUGAACUGACCUUUGUUUAGUAAUGGAGGCCAUCACCGUAUCCCGCUGUAACACAGCUGUGACUCAAAGAGAACGUGUAGUUCUCUUUAACUCUCGCUUACAUAGACCAACUCUUGUCACAAACAAAUUCUUAAGCGGGUAUUUUAAAGCACACCUUCUGGUUUUCUGCUGGGGAAAAGAAGCCUCUGCCCAACGUUGUUGUAAUGCUGUAUGUGUGGACAGUGUACAAAACCCCAAACAAAGCAAAGAAUUGCAGUCCUUCUCUCACUGCCUGUCCUUUGUAAAGGCUUAUAUUCUCCCUUGAGUCUUAAAAAAACAAACAUCUGAAAACAUUGUUUAUAUGUUGCACAAAAAUCUGACCCCGUCAAAUUAGUUGAACUUGCACCAAGCGGCAUGGUGGACUGAAUUGCCUUCAGUUUGAACGAGUUUCACGGCCCCCAACCCUGCCACACUGCAAAGUCCUGGUAAAAAUGCUGUGUUUCUUAUGAACUUUGAACUCCUGUUGUUUACCUCUUUAGAACCACAUCAGCUAGGCUAAGGCUCAUUAGCCUGACCAUUUCCCAUGGAUGAGACACCUCUGCUAGCUCACACCAUUCCAUGCAUGCUCAAAAAAACAAAAAUACUCCCCUUCUCAACUCACCUUUUCCUCCUAGACAGAGAAGCAUUCUAUAUCCAUGACAACACCCCCAAACCCCCAGUUUGACUUUUGACUCCUGGCCCCUCUGACCUUUGAACCCAAUGUGGUGAUGAUGUGUGCUGUACACUCUUCUAGGUCCCCUAUGCCCAUACUGUCUGUACUCCAUAGAAACAUAAACAUUUUUAUAGUUAAAGAUUAACUCUUUUAUCAACCUCUUUCCUGUACGUACUCUACAGAGGGGCACUGUAAGCCUAAGUGGGGUUUUUAACAUUCACUGUAAGCCUAAGUGGGGGUUUUAACAUUCACUGUAAGCCUAAGUGGGGUUUUUAACAUUCACUGUAAGCCUAAGUGGGGGUUUUAACAUUCACUGUAAGCCUAAGUGGGGGUUUUAACAUUCACUGUAAGCCUAAGUGGGGGUUUUAACAUUCACUGUAAGCCUAAGUGGGGGUUUUAACAUUCACUGUACGCCUAAGUGGGGUUUUUAACAUUCACUGUAAGCCUAAGUUGGGGUUUUAACAUUCACUGUAAGCCUAAGUGGGGUUUUAACAUUCACUGUAAGCCUAAGUGGGGGUUUUAACAUUCACUGAAAGCCUAAGUGGGGUUUUUAACGUUCACUGUAAGCCUAAGUGGGGUUUUAACAUUCACUGUAAGCCUAAGUGGGGGUUUUAACAUUCACUGUAAGCCUAAGUGGGGGUUUUAACAUUCACUGUAAGCCUAAGUGGGGGUUUUAACAUUCACUGUAAGCCUAAGUGGGGGUUUUAACAUAACCAUGUUCCUUUUUAUAUGAACCAGUAUUAGUUGUUUCUUUGGUUUUUGUUUCUAAAUUCUGACAUAGUAAAAAUCCUUUCAGGUGCUAUAUGACGACCAGUUACCGCUUUGUCACGUAGGAUAUAGACUCUCCUCAUUGUUGUCAAUAGUUUUAAUACGUUGUGCAGAGCAAAGACCAUCCCUUUAGGCAGUAGUACACCCACCACCAGACCAUAGAGCAUGUAACCUGAUUUUAUUGGUUCUCUUCAACUGUAACCUGACGGAAAAAAGGUGUUGUAGAAAAAAACUAUGUGGAAUUGACACAAAAAAAUACUGAAUUCCACAGUUAAUUUAUUCUUUUUUCUAUUAAGACUUUGUAUAGGAACUUUCCAUUUUUCUAAAUGGUGUUGUUGGCACCUGAUGAUGGAUUGUCCAGAUGAGAAGAAUUGGUGGUUUUUCAGAUUAUGAAAAUAAAUUAUUGCUGAAUGUUCUCAA